AUGUUCUCUGUUGCACGUCUUACUGAUGAUUUUCCGCUGGAUCGACGUUCAUGUCAAUUACUUGGUCCGACUGCCUUGGUUGUCCAGGCGCUCAUGGGCGUGCUCGUAAUACUUUCGCUCGUGUAUAAGAGGCACCGUGAACCACAGAAACGACCUUGGAGAAUAUGGCUCUUCGAUGUAUCCAAGCAAAUUGUUGGACAGAUGUUUGUACACGGUGUCAAUGUUCUGAUAUCCGACCUUGGUUCACAUCAUAAUGCCGGCAAUGCUUGCACUUACUACUUUCUUAAUGUCCUCGUCGAUACUACUCUCGGUGUUGCUAUAAUAUACGUCGUGCACCAUGGUCUCACGUACCUCUUGGCAAAGAGACUCUACCUCAAAGGCUACGAGUCGGGGCAGUAUGGUUCCCCACCGUCAAUAGCGUAUUGGGCGCGUCAAGCCGCAGUCUACGUUUUUGCGUUGAUGUCAAUGAAAAUGCUGGUUGUAGGGUUGUUUACGGUGUGGCCAGGAAUAUCGAAAGUGGGAGACUGGUUGCUCAGCUGGACUGCUAUCGGUAACGGCGAUGCCUUUCAAAUCAUAUUCGUCAUGGGUCUCUUCCCUAUCAUCAUGAACAUCCUUCAAUUUUGGCUCAUUGAUUCCAUUGUUAAAGCUUCGUCGAAGCUCCAUCGAGAACCGCUCUUUCGUGCACCAGAAGACGAUGAGGACGAUGUUCGUUGCGACAUGGAGAAUCCUCAACUCACUUACAUAAGGAUGCCAACUGGAGAUGAUGCAGAAACGAUAGUUGCAUCCGAAGAGUCCAAGGGUAAAUACAGCGAAUCCACCUCCCCAUUAUCGAUAACUCAGUCUACUACUCCAUCUUCUCUUGUACCCCACGAUUAUCCUCCAAGUAUCGGAAGUUUGUUAUCUCACAGCUCCCGCUCUCGACACAAGUACAAACGUUCUCCACCACCUCCACUUGAGUUCCAAGCGCCUUAUAUACCGGCAAUCAACUCCCCUGAUCCACCUCGAUCGCAUCUGGCUGAUGUGGAUCGCAGCGCAUCGGAAAGAGAGGAUUGUGCUGAGCGAGUAGAGGAUGAGGAGCGGGCUGACACACGGACUGAACAGCCCAAGGGUAUUGUCAAUAAGAUUUGGCGCCAUACAUUUGGGAGCUUGUGA